ACUACAGCACCGGGGGCGCUGGGUGCUAUCGGACUGUUGUCAAAUUGGCGGCCUAUUAUAUAUGAUCAUCCGAAACGGCUCCCGGGCGGAAUGGCCGGGAGCUCUCGAGCUUCAGAACUCUGAAAGCGCCACCAGUCCACGCCGCCGCCGAGGAAAAUGGCGGCCCUCUACGUCCCGCUCCGCGCCAUCGUCUCCCACUCGCGUGCCCCCAGCCGGCGCCUCCUCCUGCCGCUCCACGCCCACCUUCUCACCUCCGGCCGCCUCGCCUCCAGCCCCGCCAUCCUCACGACCCUCGUCUCCCUCUACGCGCGCGUCCCGGCCCUCCACCCCGUCGUCCACCACCUCCUCCCGCCCACCUCCCCUCUCCCCUGCUUCAACGCCGCGCUCUCCCUGCCCUACCCGCUCGCGCUCCGCGUCUUCUGCCGCCUCCGCCUCGUCCACUCCCCCGACUCCUUCUCCUUCCCGCCGCUCGCCUCCUCCGCCCCGUCCCCGCCCCACCUCCUCGCGAUCCACGCCCUCUCGCUCCGCUGCGACGUCGCCGACGACCUCUUCUGCGCCAGCGCCCUGCUCCGCGGCUACCUCAGGUUCGGCCUCGCUGACUACGCGCACCGCCUGUUCGACAGAUUGCCCCUCCGGGACGUCGUGGUCUGGAACGCGAUGGUCAAUGGGUUCGCCAAGCUCGGAUGCUUCGACCGCGCCAUGGAGUGCUUCCUGCGGAUGAGGCAGGAUGGCAUGGUGGAGAUCAGCGCUUUCACUGUCACCGGAAUCCUGUCGGUCUGCACCGCGACCACGGAUUUUGAGCGCGGGGCUGCUGUUCACGGGAUGGUGGUGAAGUCGGGACUUGACCACAAUGUUUCGGUUUGUAAUGCCUUGGUGGAUCUUUAUGGGAAGUCCCAUGAUGUGGCCAAUGCGGCAAUGGUGUUUGAGGGGAUGGCAGAGCAGGACAGGGACUUGUUCAGCUGGAACUCGAUGCUGUCCGCAUUGCAGUACUCGGCUGACCAUAUGGGGACAAUGCGGCUCUUUCGUAGGAUGAGGCAUGCUGCAGUAUGGCCGGAUGCAGUGACCGUUGCGGCUGUUCUCCCUGCAUGUGCGCAGACUGCAGCACUGAAGGUUGGCAGGACGGUGCAUGGGUACAUUAUGACGACCGGACUGGCUCACGAUGGUGCAUUGGAUGUGCGUGCUUGUAAUGCACUGGUAGACAUGUAUGCCAAGAGCGGGGCACUGGAUGAGGCAUGCCGUGUAUUUUAUUGGAUGCGCCAACAGGACGUGGCAUCAUGGAAUAUUAUGAUCAACGGGUAUGCAUCCCAUGGGCGUGGGCAGGAGGCACUGGGGUUGUUCCGCCAGAUGACAGAGGUGAAAGGUCUGAUGCCAGACGAGGUAACUCUGCUGGCAGCAAUGUCGGCGUGCAGCCACUCUGGGUUUGUCGAAGAAGGGAGAAGUUUACUCAAGAGAAUGAAAGAGGAGUUUGGUUUGGAGCCGCUGAUGGAGCACUACGCAUGUGUGACUGACAUGCUUGGGCGAGCUGGGAGGCUGGAUGAGGCGAGAAAGGUAGUAGUGGAGGCAGGGGAUGUAGGAGCUGGUGCAUGGAGGACAUACCUUGCAGCAUGCCGGAUGCAUGGUGAUAAAGAAAGGGCCCAAGAGGCAGCUAGGAUGCUGAUGACGACGAAGGAGGCUGGGAGUGGUGGAUGGGUGCUGCUAGCGAACACAUAUGGCUGCGAUGGAAACUUUGAGGGCCUGGAGGAGGUAAGGGGGGAGAUGAGACGGCAGGGAGUGCAGAAGGCUGCACCGGGCUGCAGCUGGGUUGAGGUGGGUGGAGGAAACGGCGAGAGCGGAACAGUUGCGCGCGCUUUUGUUAGUGGCGAUAAGGAACACCCCUAGGCUGACAUUGUUUAUGAAAUGCUGCAUUCAUUGAUAAGUUGGAUGAGGGAUUGCAGUGAUUUGAGUAUCACGACCCCAUUAUAUAAUUGAAUGCUCAUAUCUGUUCUUAUUUUGUUACAAGCUAGCACUGACGUAUUAUUGCGCAGAUAUUAAUUAGAAUGGUGCAUCAUUGGAUACAGAUAGGCUUGCACCAUUAAGAGCACCACCGAAACUUGGACCGGGUAAGAGGGUUUCGCCAAAUAUCAUAGUUCCAGCAGUCAGUGCUCCAGCUCCAAGCCCCAUUCCAAAGUUUGGUGCACUAUUCUGAGCUGCAGAUUUUCUUGGUGGCACAUUUAUGUAGUUCUGUGGCACUCUCUCCCUACCGGGAUGCUGUGGUGGGAAGAAGCCGAGGUUUGAAGUUGGUGGUGGUGGCAGGGUUGAUGGAAACAUUGGGGGUUGGUAGCUGUAGCUACUUUCUAAUGGUGAUGGAUCUGGGCGAGUUCCAGGGAUCACCGGCCUGGAAUUACUGUGGUGAUCAGCAUCUUCUCUGUCGCCCCUAUAAUGGUUGUAGGGUGGCGGUGGAUAAUUAUAAACUGGUCCGUCUUCUAUAGCCAAUGUGAUGCCGACCUGAUCGGAGUUCUUCAAUCCUUCAGCGAACAAAACAACACCAACUUCCCUGCAUUGUUAUUUUAGUUCUGACUGCCAUUCUAGUGUGCUGUGCGGAAGAUUUGGAAAAUGAUAUGUGUUGCCUACGCUCCUACCGUGGAAGUGUUUUGAUCAGCAUCUCAGAUGGCACAAAUCAGACGUAUUCUUUCAUUGCAAACCAGAAAUUUCUGUUUACCUGAAAACCGACCAUGAUCAUCUUCUUGUUUGCAGAUCCGGAUGGAUAUAUCCACAAAUCCAUGAGCUUUGUCUGACUUCUUUCUCCUAAGCUGGAAACUGCCAGUCUCCUCAAUGACUUCUGAAUGCUCCUCACUUUGUGCAAACUUGUCAAGAUACUCCUUCAUCUGGACAACUGCAGCUCCCUGGAGAUGCUCCCUUAGGAAGAUGGGCUCUCUCCUGUAGACCUCAACUGUCAAUUCCAUCUGCUGCUGGGCCAGAUCAUGGCCAUCCACCGAGACCGAGAACUUGGUGCCCCAGCUUGCAUUUGAGUUUCCUGACGCGUCAAUCUUGGUGCAGUACUUGCUGUUGGGAUCAACCCAUCCGACUGAGAACCACUGUGGCUUCAGCAGCGACGAUCUGCGUCCUAGACCGCGCGCGGAGAUUAUGCAGAACUCGACUGAUAUCUUUUUCAUUUGUAUGAGGGAGGGUGAGGACGUUGCAGGAUGUGAUACAGACCAGGGGAUACAAUGCGGAGAUUUAUCAUCCCAUAGGCACCCUUUACCUUGCUGCAAAGUUAUUCCAAGACGAUAAUAAGGAUUUGUUUCGUGUUUACUUUGUUGCUUCCCUGUGGUAGUGGAAUCGAUUCUAAAGUUGUGGCACUAGGAGAGGGAGAAGCAUAGAUGGUGCUAGUCGAAGCAUUUUCCUGUGGAAAAUGCUUACAAUUAGUAGGAGUAUUUUAUUUGUUUUCUUUUCUAUCUUUCUUUGGCUCUUCUAUAAUAUGAAUGUGUAUAAUUUUUUUCAGAAUUUUUUGAAACUCCGAAAUGUCAUUAUCGAAUUUUUAAAAAUAACCACCUCCAUGGAGGUUGCCCGCCAAAA